AUAUGAAUGGCACAUAAGCAAAUUUGAAGAUACUCAAUAUCAUUAAUCAUUAGGGAUACCAUUCACAGCUACUAGAUUAGGGAAAAAACCACUGAUACCAAAUACUGGUGAGGAUGUGGACCAACUGCAACUCUCAUACACUGUUGGUAUGAAAACAAAAUGGUACAGCCACUUAGGAAAACAGUGUGCAAGCUUCUUAAAACGUUAAACCUUCAUUUAUCAUAUGAUCCACUUCUAGGUAUGUACCCAAGAGAAAUUAAAAGUUACGUUCACACAGAAACCUGUAGACGAAUGUUCACUGCAGCAUUAUUCAUCGUCACAAAAAACGGGAAACAACCCAAAUCGGAAUAUUAUUCAGUAAUAAAAAGGCAUAAACUAUUAAUACACACACCAUGGAUGAAUCUCAAAUACAUUAUGAUGAGUGAAAAAGGGCACACUCAAAGUCUAUAUACAUAUUAUUUCAUUUAUAUGACAUUCUGGAAAAAAACAGAAUUACAGGGACAGAAAACACAUCAGUGGUCGCCAGGGCUGGCAAUAAGGGAAGGAUCAUGAAGGAAUUUUUGGGGAUAAAGUUACUAUUCUGUUUACAUGACUGUAUUUGUUUGUCAAAGUACCCUAAAACGGGUGAAUUUUAUUACACAUAAAUUAUAUUUCAAUAAAAGAUCUUUAAAAAAAAAAAGGAGGCUAGCUUAAAACUAGGUUUUAUGAUUUAAGUUGAGAAUAUAAAAAUCCUGAAAGGUGAGCACAUCCAGGUUGUCUGAAGCACAUUAAAUUAGUCAAAUGGAUUUGAUUAAAAUUUGGGCUUUUUCUUCUUUUUUAAAAUCUGUCACAACUUCUAUAUUAAAGAAGUUAGAAGGCCUGGUUUCUGCCCCUGAUUCUACCAAUCAGGUGAUACAUAUAGUAACAGAAUAUUUAUUUCAAUUUUUCUGCUAAGUUCUUUAUCUCUAAAAUGAGAAAAAGCAUUCUUAACCUCAAGGUAGCUGUAGCUGUGAAGAGAUGAUACAUGAAAUAUAUGGGUGAUAUACAGAAUACAUAUAGUGUCAGCCAACUAAAUACAGAUAUAUUAUUAUAUCAAAUUCAGUCAGAGCUAAGAUGGAAAUUUCAGCCUUAACAACAAAACUCAAUCAUUACAAAUGGAAACAGGGAAGGGGGGGAAAUAAAUGAUCCAGAACAGAAUUAGGAAAGUAAAAUAAACAACAGAAAUCACAAGUACACAAAAAACUAUGAUGUUUGCUAAUGGGAAUAUAUUGGCCCUUUUGUAAAUGGUUACUUUCUUGGGGAAGGGCACAAAGAUGUCUUUUUCUAAAAGAGAAUAUUGUUGCAGGUUAUCUUUGCAUAUUAAUAAGUGCAAUUAUUUUGUAAAAAAAAAAAUAAACCACACAAAGAGUGCUUGCUGUGUGUUAGCACUAAGUGUUUUACAUAUUACCAACUAAUUUAACAUUCACAAGAACCAAAAGAUGGUACCAAAUAUAUUUUGGGAAGUAAUUUCCUAACAUUCAUAUGCUUAGUGAAAGUUUCAGCAAGUCCCAAUAUAGUGAAAGAAAAGCAUUUCAAUCAGUAACGCUGAAUCUGAACACAUUCCCGAGGAAUUUCUGGAAGGAUCGUUUGUCUUCCAUUCCUCAAAUACGUGCUCUCAAUCCUUAUUCAAGAAGUUAUCAUUUUGGUUUAGUAAAAGAGCUAAAAUAUCUAUUCACUUUGCUAUUAGAAAACAAGACUUCGCUACUUAAGAUCUUUUUUUACGUUCUCAUAUACAAAUCACAGCAAGACCGACAGAGCAGGUGCUGAACUGCGGCACGCUCUGGGGACACCGUGUGCGCCACACGGGUGUGCCGCGUGUCCCGGGAACCGCAGAGAUCGGCCCCAGGCGCCGAGGGCCCUGCUCGCCUUCGGCCCUCCGCCAGCUUCUUUCCUCCUCGCAGGCCAAGGACUCUGAGGGACCUUCUCAAACACAUUCCAGAACACCAGGGUCCUGAGACUCUCCACCCAAACGGCUCGCAGAGACCCAGGGUCCGCCCAGGGGAGAGAAGACCUUCUCACCGGUGUACAUACGCCGCUUGGCCAACACGCGGCCAAGUGCGGAUGCUGGGGGACGGCCUGACGUGCAAGCUGCCCUGGCCACACACAGGCACCCAAGUCCCAAAGGGGGUGGAAUCGAGUCAGCUCUCCCCUGCCUCCACUUUCUGGAAUGGAAUUCGGAGGGAUCUGAGAGGUGACCAAACCGACUCCACAGGAGUGAGCCAGACACCGUCCCACGGCAAAGCGACGCCAGCUGCGGGCAGAUGCGGACAAAGACCAGACAGCUGUACUGACAGAUGGACACAGGGCCCGGCGUGGGGCCCAGGACCAAGCUGACCCCGGCUGAGGCCAGCAGCAGCCCGCAGAAAGGGCCUCGGGCCCCGCUGCCACUCCCGCCUGGCUCCACGGGGGUGGGCACGCGGGCCGACCGCAGCGGGGCACCCAGCAGACGGCUUCUGACGCCAGCAGCAGGGCCGAGCGAGGGCAGCGCGGCGCCCACAGCCGAGCCAGCAGCCAGUCCAGGGCCGGGGUCCCGGGGGCGGGGCCGCGCGCACGUCACCGGCACGGCCGACGUCACGGCCGCUUGCCGCAGCCGCAAGGUCCCCGCGCGCAGCUCCGCGGCAGGUCUGUGCGGGAGCCACCCAGCCCUCUGCGGCUUCUCCUCUGACAUGGCUGACGCGGAGAACCAGGGGCCUGCGGAGCCGAGCCAGGCGGCGGAGGCGGCGGAGGAGGUAAUGGCAGAAGGCGGUGCGCAGGGGGGAGACUCGGACAGCGCGGCCGGUGACUCGGACAGCGCGGCCGGCGACUCGGACAGUGCGGCCGGUCAGCCGGCCGAGGAGCCCCAGACCCCUGCCGAGAAUGCACCAAAGCCUAAAAAUGACUUUAUCGAGAGCCUGCCCAACUCGGUGAAAUGCCGAGUCCUGGCCCUCAAAAAGCUGCAGAAGCGAUGCGAUAAGAUAGAAGCCAAAUUUGAUAAGGAAUUUCAGGCUCUGGAAAAAAAGUAUAAUGACAUCUAUAAGCCCUUACUUGCCAAGAUCCAAGAGCUCACCGGUGAGAUGGAGGGAUGUGCAUGGACCUUAGAGGGUGAGGAGGAGGACGAUGACGAGGAGGAGUAUGAGGAUGAGGAGGAGGAGGGAGAGGAGGAGGAGGAGGAGGCUGCGGCAGAGGCUGCCAAAAAUGAGGGUCCCCACUCUGCCGUCUCCGAUGACGCCAAGAAAUAAGCAGAGCAGAGGCUGAAGAGGAGAAUGACGACGAAGACAAGAAAGCUACUUUUUUAUACAUAUAUAUAUUGGUGGACUUAAAACGGCUCAGGUUUUGGACCAAAGAACAAUGUGAAUCAAUUCUGACAUUCCCAAAAACAUAUUAAAUUGAAGCAAUCAGAUCCUGGCCAGCCCGUUUCAAAUUUGAUUUUCAUUUUGAACAUAAAUGUAUCAAAAGAUAUUAAAGAAAAUGAGUUUAAUUUAAAAUAAUUUCUCCAUGAUCGCUUCUUGAGGACUGGAAUUGAGGCUUAUUAAGGGUGUCAAGUAGAUGUGAAGUAAAGAAUGUCACUUUGAAACUCAUUCAUCACACUACGCACGGAACACCCAAGCCAAGACUGAACGUGUUCUCAAUGCCUAAUUCUUCAGGUUCUUUACUCCUGAAAUUUUCCAGUGCAGAACCCAAGAAAAGUCUCAUCUUUAAGACUUUGCUUUUGUAACGCGGACAUCAGCGUUACACUUUGGGGAAGAGAGAUGGACUGGAGGAAGCGUGCGCUGGAGAUCAUGACAGUACUGUUAAUAAGCCUGGAAAACUGCCACUUCAAAUUCUAAUGAAUGUUCUGAAUAUUGAAAUUUAGAGAAACAUGAUUCUGAGAAGGAGGGUGUAUAACUUGUAUAGUAUUGUCAACAUAUGUGUUCGUUAUUUACAGUCUCAUGUUUAUGUGUUUUCUUGGUAGUGUCUAUUUACAAAGGUGUAAAAAAAAACCCCAAAUGUUUAAGUAUUAAAUCCCUUUACCUAGCAUUCUAGAAAUAUUAAUUUACUUCAAGAGAUGUAAGAUGUAGCAAAUUCUGUAAAGCAUGUGUAUCCAGUGUUAUGUAGUUUGAUCCUCGUAAAGUCUUUUUGUCCCGUAGCUUUUAGAAUGUAGCUGUGAAAAUUAUCAGAAGUCUUCACUGAAGCUAAUGUUUGGAAAAAAUAUACACUUGAAGAACCAAUCCAAGUGUGUGUCCCCACCCACAGCUCAGAAGUAGAAAGGGUUUAAGUUUGCUUGUAUUAGCUGUGCCUUCAUUAUUUUGCUAUCUAAAUGUGAUAUGUUAAAUAUAAAAUGGUGCAUAAUCAAAUUUUACUGCUUGAGGAUAGACUGGCUUACAGUCAAGGAUUUUUAGGAAGGACACAUUUAAUCUAAAGACUCUUACCUUCUUUGUGGGUUUUGAAUUGUGUGUGACCCAGUGAUCUAUAAACAUAAGCAUAAAAUUGUUUACCACUGUGGUGUUAAUAAAACAGUAUUUUCCAAAAACAAAAGGACUCGGUACUCUGUCUGCCUGGCAUCAAAUCCCAGCUUUGCCUCCUAUUAGCAAUGAACCUUGGGCAAUUCAAUUAAUCUACGUGUGUUCAGUUCCUCCUCAUCUGUAAAAGGGGAGAGUAAUAGUCCCUUCCUCACAGGUUAUUAUGGAGAACAAGUGAGUUAAUACAGACAAAGCCCAAAGAACAGUAUCUGACACAUACUAAGUGCUUGAGAAAUUUCAGCUAUCAUUAUUAUUAUUACUACUACAUAGAAGAUAAAGACACUGAUUGGAAAUUCAAUCCUCGUCUCCCGAGUUACAAAAGAGGAGAAAAUGCACAUCAUUAUAGUCUUAAGUUUAUGAUUCCUUAUUGUCAGAGAAGAAUGUGGCCUUUAAUUCAAAAACACAAGGAAUUCAAAAAACUAUCUUGUUUUGGUUUCCUCAAUAUAAAAAUCAGGUUCUGAUAUCCUCCCAGAGAGGAUAAUAGACUUCAAUGUGACAUUAUAAAUAUACAAAAAAGGCUAUUUCAACUUUACAUUUGGGCAUUCUGAAUGAAGUAAAAAUAAUAAAAUUACAGACUCCAAAAAUAUUUUUAAAGUUGUAUUUUCUUCCAUUUUCCUAAGGGUUAAAAUUACACAAAAGCAAAAUUUAGACUGCUUUACCUUAGGAAAUGGAAGGCGGCUCUGACCUGUUGCUAAUGGCAAGAGUUUAGUAAAACUUUAAGGUAAUAUUAAUCUUCCUAGGGCCAGGCCAACCAAGACAGAAAAUCAAAAUAAUGUAUUAUAUAGCAAGUCAAUCUUAAUAGAAGCAAAAACAAAAUCUAAUAAAAUUCAAUAUUCAUUUAUCUCAUUCUAUGAAUAAGAGACUGUCAUUUAAUAUUUUUCUAGGUCCAGCAAAAAAGGUAAAAAUGAAUGAAACAAAUAAUGUAUAAUUAUUGGGGAAAAAUUUUUUUUGCAGGCCUGUGAUUACAGAUAGAAAAUCCAAGAGAAUUAAAUGAAAACUAUUACAUUUAGUAACUUUGAGGAACUGACCAGUUACCAGAUAAAUACAUAAAAACCAAUAACUAUUUCUAGGCACUAGUAAUGAUCAAAACAAAUGGAAAAGGCUCUCACAGUGAAAACAAGAGAUCAAAAUAUAAAAACCUCUAACAAAAAGUAUGUAUAACCCUUGUGAAAAGAAAAAACAGACUAUCACAAAGAAGUGUAAAACUGAUCUUUGGAUAGUAAGACGGAAUGUCACAAAAGUGUCCAUUCUUUCCAAUUAA